UCUGCUCCGCUCCGGCCAGCAGGAGGAGAGGAGGGGGGGCUGCAUCUCUCCGGGUUCACAUCCGGAGUGUCGGCACCACCACCACCAGCAGCAGCAGCAGCAGCUCCAGCUCCAGGAGGAACCGCGUCUCUGCUGGGUUCAUGCCUCCCCCCUGAGCGGGCUGAGCUGAAGGAGCGGCGGCAGAGGCAGACAUGGCGGCCAACAUGUACCGGGUCGGAGAUUAUGUUUUCUUUGAAAACUCCUCCAGUAACCCUUACCUGAUCCGCCGGAUAGAAGAACUCAACAAGACUGCGAGUGGGAAUGUGGAGGCCAAGGUGGUUUGUUUCUACAGAAGGAGAGAUAUCUCUCACAGCCUCAUCCAGCUCGCAGAUAAACAUGCAAAGGAGUUGGAAGAGGAGAAGGAAAGCCCAACAGAAACAGACCUGACAGAAAAACAGAAACAUCAGCUUCGUCACAGAGAGCUCUUCCUCUCCCGACAGUAUGAGAGUCUACCUGCAACACACAUCAGGGGGAAGUGCAGUGUGGCGUUACUGAAUGAGACUGAAUCAGUUCUUUCGUACCUUGACAAAGAGGAUACCUUCUUCUACUCGCUUGUGUACGACCCAACGCAGAAGACUCUGUUGGCUGACAAAGGGGAGAUCAGAGUGGGACCGCGCUUUCAGGCAGAUGUACCUGAAAUGUUACAAGAGGGAGAGCCAGAUGACAGGGACCAGUCCAAACUAGAAGAGAAGCUCUGGGACCCAGAGUGUCCUCUCACCAACAAACAGAUAGACCAAUUCUUAGUCGUGGCACGGGCGGUUGGGACCUUUGCCAGAGCGUUGGACUGCAGCAGUUCAGUUAGACAGCCGAGCUUACACAUGAGUGCAGCCGCAGCCUCACGAGAUAUCACACUGUUCCAUGCGAUGGACACGCUGCAUCGCCAUAAUUACGAUUUGUCCAGUGCACUGAGUGUGCUGGUCCCAGCGGGAGGGCCAGUGCUCUGCAGGGAUGAGAUGGAGGAGUGGAGCGCCUCAGAAGCCGCCAUGUUUGAAGAGGCAUUAGAGAAAUAUGGAAAAGACUUCAACGACAUCCGACAAGACUUUCUGCCAUGGAAGUCUCUGACCAGUAUCAUAGAGUACUACUACAUGUGGAAGACCACAGACAGAUAUGUGCAACAGAAGAGACUGAAGGCAGCUGAAGCAGAAAGCAAACUGAAACAGGUUUAUAUCCCUACAUAUAACAAACCCAACCCCAACCAGAUCUCAAUGACCAAUGGCAAGAUGGCAGCUGUGAAUGGAGCGGGGCCCGGGGCCUUCCAUGCAGCAGGAGGCGGCAGAGCCUGCGAGAGCUGUUACACCAUGCAGUCGGCCCAGUGGUACUCCUGGGGGCCUCCAAACAUGCAGUGCCGUCUGUGCGUCUCCUGUUGGAUGUAUUGGAAGAAGUACGGUGGUCUGAAGAUGCCGAGCAGAGCCGAGGCCCCCGAGGAGAGGACCUCCCCCAGCCCAGCAGCCAAUGAGUCUCGCUCCAGGGGUCACGCUCCUCGCCAGUCCAACCACAUGGUGCCGAUGCGAAACAGCGGCAGCCCCAAGUCCUCCAUGAAGACCAAGCAGGCUUUCCUGCUGCAGGCCACCCGCCUCACCAAGCUGGCCCGGCACAUGUGCCGUGACAUCAUCAGGCUGCGCCGCGCUGCGCGCCGGCCCUUUGUCCCCAUUAACUGUGGGGCCAUAAAGGCAGAGUACAUGUUAAGGGUGUCGGAAGGGCAGGGGACUCGUCUACCCAAAACCAGGGCCGCCCAAAGGAGCACCCUGACCAGUGUUGUGCAGUUUCUAGAGUCUCGUCCUGCCACCCACACCCCUCGCUCCCACCGCACCCCGGGCCUGCAGACGCCCCCCCCUCGCCGCCUGCUGUCCUCUCUCCCACAUGGCCCCCACGGCCUGCUGGGGAAGCGCAGCUACCACCACCACAGCAGGGCCGAGCCGGACAGGCGCGCAGAGAAUCCAGGUUCAACAGGUGGACCUCUGAUGCAUAACGGGCGCAGCGGCGGCUCGGGCAGCGGCCGCACCGGCGGGGUGAUGAUCCGCAAGAGACGGCCCAACUGGAUCGACGCUCCCGACGACAGCUUCUUCCUCGUCACCCGGGAGACCAGGAGGGCCCGGCGGCUGCUGUCGCGCUCCCAGCUGAGGCAUGCUUGCAGGCAGCCCUGUGAGCACAUCAUGCUGCGCAGGGUUUCCCAGGGCCCACCGCAGGGGCUUGUCCUCACCCCUCACCCUCACCCCAGCUUGAGAAUGCGCGGCCCCAUUGUCAUCCACGACUGACCCGGCUACGGACUCUCUGAUCUUCACACCACACCCCACCUGCAUCCUCAGUAAUGAAUUCAAACCUCUAACCAGCUGUUCCUUCAACGAAUCCUCUGUUUCAUUUGAUUUAUUUAUUUGAUCCUGUAAAUACCACUAUAGCCCUUGACGAUGCUUGGACGAGCUGUCUGGCAACGGAAGGACGUGGCGGCGAUAUAAACAUAAACCUGACUGCAAGCGACGCCUGUCUUUGACUCCCUGGGAAUGUGUUUGUACGUGUAUAUACUGUAUCUGGGUGCAUGAGUACGUGGAAGAGCGCGCGUGUGUGUGCAAUCACGCCAACGAUGCCAGAGAGCGAGGAGAUGUGUGCUGUUCUUGGAUUUCAUGGUUGGAAAUAACAGUGGAACUUUGUGUGACCUUUGUGUUGAUGGUGAAUUGUCGUGAAGUUUCAUCAGUUCGUAUAAAGGUAUUUUGGGAAG